AUGAGUCGCGCCCUCGACAUGUCAGAAAUAUCCUACCUCAUCCGUCAAGACUUGAAGGGAGUCCACCUCAAAUCUGCCGUCCUCGUCUGCAAGCUCUGGUGGCGCCUCUUUGCCCCUUACCUCUGGGAGCGUGUGUUCAUCGAUGCCGAUCCGGACGAGAAGGAUCGCGAAGUACUGGUUAGGAAUGGACUUGCGGCAAGGUCGUUGACAUUGUCGAUUUAUGACCCGGAAGAUCGGGAAGGGGUUGUGGGGUAUGUUGUGGACCGGUGUCGUAAUGUUGAGGCUUUGCAUUUGAAGUUGUUUUCGCCGGAAUUGGUGGCUGUUGAUACGGAGGCCAUGGAGAGGCGGUUGUGGAAGACGUGGGAGAACUAUGGCGCAGGAGUCAAGAAUACGGAUCAGGAGCGACAGUUCGGGAUCAGGAGUGAGUGCAAGACCGAUCUCCUGGACUCGCUACUCUCCAAGCUGCCCUAUCUCUCUGAGCUCACCCUUUCGAUUGCGCACGAGGAUCUGAGACCGGAAGUACUCUGGUGUGUCCCCACGUUGACAAGACUGAGAAAGCUGACCAUCGCCGGUGGACUUGGCGUGAACGGCUACAUCGUUCAUAAGAACCGACUCUGUGAUUGGGAUCUUAUCCUACGAACCAGCCGGGAGUGCAAGUAUCUGAACUCGCUGUCUGUCUCGUGGGAGUCGCACAAGGCACAAGACGCCAACUUGGACGGACAUAUCAGCAAGGUCUCCGAAAUGUUCGAGUCACUCGAUGCUCGGGAGUCGUCGGCGACAGACCAAGAAGCGCCACUACCACCUGUCCCCAAGAACGAGCAGUUCCCAAGUCUGCGAACACUCGCUGUUUCCUUCUGUGAGAUGCAUCUCUCUCAAAUGGACUUUUUCUACCGAUCCUGUCCAAACCUGCGUGCGGUUGAGUUUAAGUCCGUGCAGGCCAGCACCUACAUCAUGGAAAAGAACUUGAAGUCCCUAGCCCUGUCGUGUCCAAACCUGCUCUCCUUCAAGCUCCUGGACGCCUGCAAGACCGGCAACCGGAUUGACUACUCGACGUCCCUCCUGGCUUCUCCCAGGACCAGUCUCCACUCACUGACACUGUCUGCCACUGCCAACGCCACCGCCACCGUGUUCGGUAAUAACCCCGCCGCUGACAACGACUACACCCACAUCUAUUACAAAGACGACACCAAAUGGACUCCUCCCCCCUCAGUCACAUUCCUCAACGUCCGGGAUAUCAAACACCCCACCGUCCUCCUCGACACCAUCGCCUCGACCCCCGCAGGACUCACACACCUCAUCAUCGAUGGAUACAUCCCCAACGAUACCUACCAACUCCACUACCUAUACAACUUCCACCCCAUCCAGCAAUCCUCCUACUCGCUCGUCGAACGGCUCUACAACCUCGAGAAGGAUCCUCUCCUGCGAUUACCGACGUUUGCGUGUGGGGGCACGCUAGAGUAUUUGGAUGUUUCGACGUUGGAUGUGUCGGAGUGUAGGAAGCUCUUCAAGAUUUUGUUUUGGAGGGUACAGGAGUUGAAGGGGUUGAGGUUCUUAAAGAUAGGGAGGGAACAUGUUUUGGCGGCGAAUUUGGAGUUGACUUGGUCGGAUGAUACCCUUGUCGGUGGAAAGGGAGACGACGAUGGUGAUGAUGAUGAUGGUCAAACUGGGGAGACAGCCAAGACCGCGAUGACUACCGCAAAUGAGAGCGAGGACGAGAACAACUACGACAACAACAACAACAACAACGACAGCAUUGAAGGAGAACAGGAAGAGAGUGGGGAACUACCAGAUGAUCAAGACCGCGAAAAGGUCUUUAACUGGUUCCCGACCGUCGAACACCUCUACCUCGUCGACACCGAAUCCCGUCGAUUCCAUUCCCAGAACCCAUUCCUGACGCUACAUCAAGCCAGCGCGCUUGUGAGGAUGAUGCCGCGAUUGAAGGUCAUGUCGUUCAAUCGUGAGGAUGCUAAGGCUGGCUUGGAGGGGAUCAUUGAAGCGUGUCCGAAAGUUUCUUUCAACUUUAUGAUGCGACAGAAAUAA